AUGCUUGAGCUGCCGAGCGUUGUGGUCUUGGGAAUCCUGGCCAGAUCAUCUCCCCUGUCUGGGAGUAUGGCAGACGAUGGCAUUAGAGAAACGUUGGAACUCAUAACCAGCAAAUGGCAGGCAACACGAGUCCUAGUCAAAGAGCUCACUGCGCGAGUCAACAGCUUAGAGCAGGGAGACCCGCAGAAGCUAGGAGCUCAGCGUGAACCACCACCCUUUCCUUUCGCAGAAUACGACACUCGGUAUGCCGAGUUACAGAAAGAAAACCAGCUAUUGAAUCAGCUUAUAAAGCAAUACGAGUCAACACUAGAGAUAGUAAUGUCUAAAUUUCGGUCUCAGGCGCAAUCAAUACAAAAAGAGAAACGCGAGCUGCAACUCAAGCUGGAGCGGACACUGGAAGAGGAGCGGGCGAUCAACACUACACUGCGUACAGAAAAUAAGACACUGCAAGAGCAACUUGAUUCCUGUAUGCGAGUCAUCCGCGAAGCCGUCAGUGUGGACGAGGUGGAUAUGGAUAUGGUGGUGAGCGGGAUGGCCAAGGAAAAUGAAACAUUACGGCAGAUGUUGCAAAUAUCGGGCGCAAUGUAAAUACUGCCCAUCAUGUAUGUAAAGAGGUCUUCAGAAGUAACCUCAAGUAAUAAUGUAAUAUAUAUGCGUGUGGAAGUUGUAAUACGGAA